ACCGGCCCAGCCGCGCCGACACCCCUCUCCCCCAGCGCGGGCGGGCAGGGCAGGGGGCGCCCCAGGACCCCCGCAGCCAGGGCCGAUUGCUUCCUGCGCUUUGCUCCCUAAUUUUUUUUUUUUGCCCCCUCUUCUUUUCCUCCCCUUCUCCGGAAGGGUUUGUCGCGGGGUUGGGGGAAAGAGGUGCAAACAACAAAAGUGGAAAGCAGUUAAUGACCAGCCACAGCGGCUCGGCUACAAGCUCUGGCCGCUGCCUCCAAGGGCGAGCCACAAGCAGGUUGCCGUGGGUGCCCGCUGAGGUAACAUGGCCUGCUGGCCUCAGUUGAGGUUGCUGCUGUGGAAAAACCUCACGUUCAGAAGACGACAAACAUGUCAGCUGUUGCUGGAAGUGGCCUGGCCUCUGUUUAUCUUCCUGAUCCUGAUCUCCGUCCGGCUGAGCUACCCGCCCUAUGAACAACAUGAAUGCCACUUUCCAAAUAAAGCCAUGCCCUCUGCAGGAACACUUCCUUGGGUUCAGGGGAUUAUCUGUAAUGCCAACAACCCUUGUUUCCGUUAUCCAACUCCUGGUGAGGCUCCUGGAGUUGUUGGAAACUUUAACAAAUCCAUUGUGUCUCGCCUGUUCUCUGAUGCCCGGAGGCUUCUUCUAUACAGCCAGAAGGACACCAGCAUGAAGGACAUACACAAAGUUCUGAGAACGUUGCAGCAGAUCAAGAAUUCCAACUCAAGUUUGAAGCUUCAAGAUUUCCUGGUGGACAAUGAAACCUUCUCUGGGUUCCUGUAUCACAACCUCUCUCUCCCAAAGUCUUCUGUGGACAAAAUGCUGAGGGCUAAUAUCAGUCUCUACAAGGUGUUUCUGCAAGGCUACCAGUUACAUUUGACCAGUCUGUGCAAUGGAUCAAAAUUAGAAGAGGUGAUUCCGCUUGAUGACCAAGAAGUUUCCCAGCUUUGUGGCCUACCAAGGGAGAAACUGGACGCAGCUGAGCGAGUUCUUCGUUCCAACAUGGACAUCCUGAAGCCAAUUGUGGCAGAACUAAACUCUACAUCUCCCUUCCCAAGCAAGGAGCUGGCUGAAGCCACAAAAACUUUGCUGGAUAGUCUCGGGACUUUGGCCCAAGAGCUGUUCAGCAUGAGGAGCUGGAGCGACAUGCGGCAGGAGGUGAUGUUUCUGACCAACACGAAUGGCUCCAGCUCUUCCACUCAGAUCUACCAGGCCGUGUCGCGGAUCGUCUGCGGCCACCCAGAGGGCGGGGGCCUGAAGAUUAAGUCUCUCAACUGGUACGAGGACAACAAUUACAAAGCCCUGUUUGGAGGCAACGGCACUGAGGAAGACGCUGACACCUUCUAUGACAACUCCACGACUCCUUAUUGUAAUGAUUUGAUGAAGAAUUUGGAGUCCAGUCCUCUUUCUCGCAUCAUCUGGAAAGCUCUCAAGCCUUUGCUUGUUGGGAAGAUCCUCUAUACACCUGACACUCCAGCCACGAGGCAGGUUAUGGCUGAGGUGAACAAGACCUUCCAGGAGCUGGCUGUGUUCCACGAUCUGGAAGGCAUGUGGGAAGAGCUCAGCCCCAAGAUCUGGACCUUCAUGGAGAGCAGUGAAGAAAUGGACCUUGUCCGGACGCUGCUGGACAGCAGAGGAAAUGGCCCCUUUUGGGAACAGAAGUUGGAUGGCUUAGAUUGGACAGCACAAGACAUCAUGAGGUUUCUGGCCAAGCGCCCAGAGGACGUCCAGUCUGCUAAUGGCUCCGUGUAUACCUGGAGAGAAGCUUUCAACGAGACAAACCAGGCCAUCCAGACCAUUUCUCGCUUCAUGGAGUGUGUCAACCUGAACAAGCUGGAACCCAUAGCAACUGAGGUCCGGCUCAUUAACAAGUCCAUGGAGCUGCUGGAUGAGAGGAAGUUCUGGGCUGGAGUCGUCUUCACUGGGAUCACUCCAGACAGUGCUGAGCUGCCCCCUCAUGUCAAGUACAAGAUCCGAAUGGACAUUGACAAUGUGGAGAGGACGAAUAAAAUCAAGGAUGCGUACUGGGACCCCGGUCCUCGGGCUGACCCCUUUGAGGACAUGCGGUAUGUCUGGGGGGGCUUCGCCUACUUGCAGGACGUGGUGGAGCAAGCGAUCAUCAGGGUGCUGACAGGCACUGAGAAGAAAACCGGUGUCUAUGUACAACAGAUGCCCUAUCCCUGCUAUGUCGAUGACAUCUUCCUGAGGGUGAUGAGCCGGUCAAUGCCCCUCUUCAUGACGCUGGCCUGGAUUUACUCUGUGGCUGUGAUCAUUAAGGGCAUUGUGUAUGAGAAGGAGGCACGGCUGAAGGAGACCAUGCGGAUCAUGGGCCUGGACAACGGCAUCCUCUGGUUUAGCUGGUUCAUCAGCAGCCUCAUCCCUCUGCUCGUGAGUGCAGGCCUGCUGGUGGUCAUCCUGAAGUUAGGAAACCUGCUGCCCUACAGCGACCCCAGUGUGGUGUUUGUCUUUCUGUCUGUGUUUGCCGUGGUGACCAUCAUGCAGUGCUUCCUCAUCAGCACCAUCUUCUCCAGAGCCAACCUGGCGGCAGCCUGUGGGGGCAUCAUCUACUUCACACUGUACCUGCCCUACGUCCUGUGUGUGGCGUGGCAGGACUACGUGGGCUUCACACUCAAGAUCUUUGCGAGCCUGCUGUCUCCUGUGGCCUUUGGUUUUGGCUGUGAGUACUUCGCCCUUUUCGAGGAGCAAGGCGUUGGGGUACAGUGGGACAACCUCUUCAAGAGCCCCGUGGAGGAAGAUGGCUUCAAUCUCACCACUUCGGUCUCCAUGAUGCUGUUCGAUGCCUUCCUCUAUGGUGUGAUGACGUGGUACAUUGAGGCUGUCUUUCCAGGCCAGUAUGGCAUUCCCAGGCCCUGGUAUUUCCCUUGCACCAAGUCCUACUGGUUCGGUGAGGAAAGUGAUGAGAAGAGCCACCUUGGUUCCAGCCAGAAGGGAGCAUCAGAAAUUUGCAUGGAAGAAGAGCCUACCCACUUGAAGCUGGGCGUGUCCAUCCAGAACCUGGUGAAGGUUUACCGAGAUGGCAUGAAAGUGGCUGUCGAUGGCUUGGCACUGAACUUUUAUGAGGGCCAGAUCACCUCCUUCCUGGGUCACAAUGGAGCAGGGAAGACCACCACCAUGUCCAUCCUGACUGGGUUGUUCCCUCCCACCUCGGGCACUGCCUACAUCCUGGGGAAGGACAUUCGCUCGGAGAUGAGCACCAUCCGGCAAAAUCUGGGGGUCUGUCCCCAGCACAAUGUGCUGUUUGAUAUGCUGACUGUGGAAGAGCAUAUCUGGUUCUACGCCCGCCUCAAAGGGCUCUCCGAGAAGCACGUGAAAGCAGAGAUGGAGCAGAUGGCCCUGGAUGUUGGUUUGCCACCCAGCAAGCUGAAGAGCAAAACGAGUCAGUUGUCAGGUGGAAUGCAGAGAAAACUCUCUGUGGCGCUGGCCUUUGUGGGGGGAUCCAAGGUUGUCAUUCUGGACGAGCCCACAGCUGGUGUGGACCCUUACUCCCGCAGGGGAAUAUGGGAACUGUUGCUGAAAUACCGACAAGGCCGCACCAUUAUUCUCUCCACACACCACAUGGAUGAAGCGGACAUCCUGGGGGACAGGAUUGCCAUCAUUUCCCAUGGGAAGCUGUGCUGUGUAGGCUCCUCCCUGUUUCUGAAGAAUCAGCUAGGAACGGGCUACUACCUGACCCUGGUCAAGAAAGAUGUGGAGUCGUCCUUGAGUUCCUGCAGAAACAGCAGCAGCACUGUGUCAUACCUGAAAAAGGUGGUGCCUGAGCUUCCGCCAGCUGGGCAGAGUGGAGGCAGAGGAGGAGAGGUGCAGAGGCUGGUGGCGCUGACUCAAGAUGUCUCUGCUAUCUCCAACCUCAUCAGGAAGCAUGUGUCUGAAGCCCGGCUGGUAGAAGACAUUGGGCACGAGCUGACCUAUGUGCUGCCAUAUGAAGCUGCUAAGGAAGGGGCCUUUGUGGAACUCUUCCAUGAGAUAGAUGACCGACUGUCAGACCUGGGGAUCUCCAGUUAUGGCAUCUCAGAGACCACCCUGGAAGAAAUAUUCCUCAAAGUGGCUGAAGAGAGUGGGGUGGAUGCUGAGACCUCAGAUGGCACCUUGCCAGCCAGGCGGAACAGACGGGCCUUUGGAGAUAAGCAGAGCUGUCUUCGCCCUUUCACUGAAGACGAUGCCAUUGACCCGAAUGAUUCGGACAUAGACCCAGAAUCCAGAGAGACAGACUUGCUCAGCGGGAUGGAUGGCAAAGGCUCCUACCAGGUGAAAGGCUGGAAACUCACACAGCAACAGUUUGUGGCCCUUUUGUGGAAAAGACUGCUGAUUGCCAGACGGAGUCGAAAAGGAUUCUUUGCUCAGAUUGUCCUGCCAGCUGUGUUUGUCUGCAUCGCCUUGGUGUUCAGCCUGAUCGUGCCACCCUUUGGCAAGUACCCGAGCCUGGAACUUCAGCCCUGGAUGUACAAUGAACAGUAUACAUUUGUCAGUAAUGAUGCUCCGGAGGACAUGGGCACCCAGGAACUGUUGAAUGCCCUCACCAAAGAUCCUGGCUUUGGGACCCGGUGUAUGGAAGGAAACCCAAUCCCAGAUGUGCCCUGCUUGGCAGGGGAGGAGGAGUGGGCCACUGCCCCAGUUCCUCAGACCAUUGUGGAUCUCUUCCAAGAUGGAAACUGGACCAUGGAGAACCCCUCACCUGCCUGCCAGUGCAGCAGUGACAAAAUCAAGAAGAUGCUGCCUGUGUGUCCCCCUGGGGCAGGAGGGCUGCCUCCUCCACAGAGAAAACAGAACACUGCGGACAUCCUUCAGAACCUUACGGGAAGAAACAUCUCAGAUUACCUGGUGAAGACAUACGUGCAGAUCAUAGCCAAAAGUUUAAAGAACAAGAUCUGGGUGAAUGAGUUUAGGUAUGGCGGGUUUUCGUUGGGUGUCAGUAACUCCCAGGCACUUCCUCCAAGCCGAGAAGUUAAUGAUGCCAUCAAGCAAGUGAAGAAACACUUGAAGCUGGCCAAGGACAGCUCUGCAGAUCGAUUUCUCAAUAGCUUGGGAAGGUUCAUGACAGGACUGGACACCAAAAAUAACGUCAAGGUGUGGUUUAAUAACAAGGGCUGGCAUGCCAUCAGCUCUUUCCUGAAUGUCAUCAACAAUGCCAUUCUCCGGGCCAACCUGCAGAAGGGAGAGAAUCCUACCCGUUAUGGGAUUACUGCUUUCAAUCACCCGCUGAAUCUCACCAAGCAGCAGCUCUCGGAGGUGGCUCUGAUGACCACUUCAGUGGAUGUCCUCGUGUCCAUCUGUGUCAUCUUUGCAAUGUCCUUUGUGCCGGCCAGCUUUGUUGUGUUCCUCAUCCAGGAACGGGUCAGCAAAGCAAAGCACCUGCAGUUUAUCAGUGGGGUGAAGCCUGUCAUCUACUGGCUCUCCAAUUUUGUCUGGGAUAUGUGCAAUUAUGUGGUCCCUGCCACACUGGUCAUCAUCAUCUUCAUCUGCUUCCAGCAGAAGUCCUACGUGUCCUCCACCAACCUACCUGUGUUAGCCCUUCUACUCUUGCUUUAUGGGUGGUCGAUCACGCCUCUCAUGUACCCAGCUUCCUUCGUGUUUAAGAUCCCCAGCACAGCCUACGUGGUGCUCACCAGUGUGAACCUCUUCAUUGGCAUCAAUGGCAGUGUGGCCACUUUUGUCCUGGAGCUCUUCACCAACAAUAAGCUGAAUAACAUCAAUGAUAUCCUGAAGUCUGUGUUCUUGAUCUUCCCACAUUUUUGCCUAGGACGAGGGCUCAUUGACAUGGUGAAAAAUCAGGCCAUGGCUGAUGCCCUGGAAAGGUUUGGGGAGAAUCGCUUCGUGUCACCACUCUCAUGGGACUUGGUGGGACGCAACCUCUUUGCUAUGGCUGUGGAAGGGGUGGUGUUCUUCCUCAUUACUGUUCUUAUCCAGUACAGAUUCUUCAUCAGACCCAGACCUGUAAAUACAAAGCUUCCUCCUCUGAAUGAUGAAGAUGAAGAUGUAAGGCGAGAAAGACAAAGAAUUCUUGAUGGUGGAGGACAGAAUGACAUCUUGGAAAUCAAGGAGUUGACAAAGAUAUACAGAAGGAAGCGGAAGCCUGCUGUUGACAGGAUUUGUGUUGGCAUUCCUCCUGGUGAGUGCUUUGGACUUCUGGGAGUUAAUGGGGCUGGGAAAUCAUCCACUUUCAAGAUGUUAACUGGAGAUACCACUGUCACCAGGGGAGAUGCUUUCCUUAACAAAAAUAGUAUCUUAUCAAACAUCCAUGAAGUACAUCAGAACAUGGGCUACUGCCCUCAGUUUGAUGCCAUCACAGAGCUGCUGACUGGGAGAGAGCAUGUGGAGUUCUUUGCCCUCUUGAGAGGAGUCCCAGAGAAAGAAGUUGGCAAGGUUGGUGAGUGGGCAAUUCGCAAACUGGGCCUUGUGAAGUAUGGAGAAAAAUAUGCUGGUAACUAUAGUGGAGGCAACAAGCGCAAGCUCUCAACAGCCAUGGCUUUGAUUGGUGGGCCUCCUGUGGUGUUCCUGGAUGAACCCACCACAGGCAUGGAUCCUAAAGCCCGGCGAUUCCUGUGGAAUUGUGCCCUAAGUAUUGUCAAGGAGGGGAGAUCAGUAGUGCUUACAUCUCAUAGUAUGGAGGAAUGUGAAGCUCUUUGCACUAGGAUGGCAAUUAUGGUCAACGGGAGGUUCAGGUGUCUUGGCAGUGUCCAACAUCUGAAAAAUAGGUUUGGAGAUGGUUAUACAAUAGUUGUACGAAUAGCAGGGUCCAACCCUGACCUGAAGCCUGUUCAGGAGUUCUUUGGACUUGCCUUUCCUGGAAGUGUACUAAAAGAGAAGCACCGGAACAUGUUACAGUACCAGCUUCCAUCUUCAUUAUCUUCUCUGGCCAGGAUAUUCAGCAUCCUCUCUCAGAGCAAAAAGCGACUCCACAUAGAAGACUACUCUGUUUCUCAGACAACACUUGACCAAGUAUUUGUGAACUUUGCUAAGGACCAAAGUGACGAUGACCACUUAAAGGACCUGUCAUUACACAAAAACCAGACAGUAGUGGAUGUUGCGGUUCUCACAUCUUUUCUGCAGGACGAGAAAGUCAAAGAAAGCUAUGUAUGAAGAAUCUUGUUCAUACAGGAUGACUGAGAGUAAGGAAGAACCACAUCUUCCUUUGCACCAUGUGAAAUGUUCCAGAGGAAAGAACUGCAAGUUUUUGUGGGAAGAAGUAAACUGGAUACUGUACUGAUACUGUUCAAUGCAAUGCAAUUCAAUGCAAUGAAAACAAAAUUCCAUUACAGGGGCAGUGCCUUUGUAGCCUAUGUCUUGUAUGCCUCUCAAGUGAAAAAGACUUGAAUUUAGUUUAUUACCUUAUAGCUAUGUGAAACUCUAGUAUGAAACCCAGCGGACAUAUGGGUUUGAAAUCAUACUUUUAUGUUUUUUUUUUUUGUUGUUCCUGUGUAUUCUCACUGGGGUUGCAACAAUAACUCAUCAAGUAAUCAUGGCCAGUGAUUAUCAAAAUCAAAAGGCAUGCACAUCCUCAUUCAUUAAGCCAUGCCAUGCCAGGAUACUGGUUUCCUAGUGACACAUCCAUUGCUGGCAAUGAGUGUGCCAGAAUUACUAGUGCCAAUUUGCUGAGAAAAUCUGAAGCGCACCAUGGUGUGUCAUGCACACUAUUGUGAAAGCUGCUCUGCCCAGAGUCCGUCAACAUCAUUAAAUGUCAGGUGACAAAACGGUGCCAUGUGUGACUAAAGUCUUGCUUUCAUCCCCUCUUUGAUGAGCUGCUCUAGUGGUGGUAACAUGCAAAAUAAGGCUGUCUCUGGACACAAGAAACCUUGUUCCAGUGUUAGGAUAUCCUUUGCUUGGAGUCAUGGGUCUCUAGAGUUCUGUUCUGAGGUUCUUUAAAUAUAUUUCGAUCCUGGAAAAAGCAAAGAAUCAGCAGCCACACUACUGGGUCUGCAAGCUGCUGAAGUGAGGGUGUGGGGAUUAAAGAGAUGGUGUGUUCAAACCUAGGCAAGCUUGUGCCUGCUCGCCCUGCUUGUCUACUAACAUGGUACACUGCAUCCCAAAAUCUUUGUUUUUUGACACAAAGUAUAGUAUUAUUUAUCGCUUUUUGAAUUAAUCUACAACAUGGAAAGAUGGAGUUGUAUUUUGACAAAAAUCCUUGUGUUUUUGAUGUCAUUGGGAAUUUUAAGUUCUAUCAGUAGCUUCUGAAACUUUUAAAUGUUCUUUUUGUAGAGCCCUGUGGCAUGGAGGGAGUAUGGCUUACUGCUCACUAGCGUUAUUUUCCUUUGUAAGUUUGCAAAUUGAUCAUCUGGCUGGUACCUAGUGACUAAAAAGCAAUGUGGUGGUCAAGAUCUCAUGGCAGUAUAUCUGAGUCGCCUUAAGAUCAUUUAGAAUACUCUUACUAUCAAUCAAGUAUUUUUUGAGUAUAUGUUAUAGCUAAGUGAUUAUGUAUGUAUGGAUAGGGAUGAGGAGAAACUGUCUCAGUAGAUUUCCUGUGCCAUGUUAUUCAGCUGACUUGUUUACAAAUAUAGGUUGUUUUGUUGUGGUUGUGGGAGCUCACUGAAAAUAGGUCGUUUUUUUUUUUUUUUUAAACAACAAUGCAACAAAGUGUAAGGGUCAUAAGAGCAAACAAUAAAUUCUUUCAAAGAGAAAACAAGAACUUGAACAGCACACUUGUGUUUAUGACAUUUAGUACUUUUAAAUAAUUGGUUUGGCAGAGAUGUUAGAUACCCCAUUAAACCUUAAUAAUCUCAAAUUUUGCAUUUUUUAAAAUAACUAAAAAGAAUAAAAACAGUAAAUGCAUCCAUAUAAUUUUUAGACUUUUAUAACCCAGUCUUACUUCUUUAGUCAGCAAAUACUGAAAAAUAUUUCACUUAAUACUUAAUGUCAUCUAUAUUGACAAAAAAUAUGAGAGAAUUAGUAUAUGGCAAAAUUCAAGUGGUUUUUCCACAUAACCACUCAUUUCUUCAACAUCUUCAAAAAUUGAGAUAUUUACUCUAAAGGUGCAAGAUUUCAGAUCUAACUCAAAUUCCUCUGUUAUAUAUUAUUAAAUUUACAGAAUUUUAUAUAGCUCAUUGCUUGAAACAAAAAAAGACCAUUAGAACUUAAUGUUGUUUUCUAAAAUGUUAAGUAAUGAAGACAUAUUUCUAAUAACGAUUGGGAUGAGAUGUUGUAUUUUAUGGCAUCUUCAAAGAUAUAAAAAAUUCCUGGAAUAAUUUAGCUUAUCCUGUUUAAUAUUUUUCAAAAUCAAACUUUUCAUGUUCUGAUUGUUCAUUAUAAUAAAUCCAUGAACAACUCCUCACGUUUAAUUACUCUGACUUCAAGGCCAUGUAUUUUUUUAAAAAAAUAAAAAGGCACUGUGAACUAUUUUGGAAAAAAACACAACAUUUCAAUGUAAUUUAAAAGGAUAUUUUCUAAAGCUGGAAACAAUCUGUAGUUAAAUAUCAACAUAAUUAAUAUUGUGUUAUCUUCUAGACUAUCCAAAUAGUAAUCUUUUAAAUUUUUUUAUGUAAACCUAAUUAUGGUAGACAUUUUUACUAAUUCUAUACGUGAUGCAGUAAAGUUUUUAUGUGUUCCCUGUGGAAAUUUAACUAAGUGAGUUUCAGAGGUUCUCAAGAGAAGUGUUCAGAGAUUUCUGUGCUUGCAUCUUUUGAACCCCUUAGAAAAUUUAACUGUGAAGAUGAAAAAUACAAAAAACAAAAAACAAGCCCUCCGUAAGUCAAUGCCCAGUAAAUGCCCAGUACAAUUCAUUGUUAAACCAACUGAACCUCAAACUACUGUAUUUCAGUAUCUGUACUGAAAAGAUAUGCUUUGUGACUAUUAAAUGUUGCACAUCAUUCAUUUACUGUAUAAUAAUCAUUGACUAAAGGGAUUUGUCUGUUUUCUUGUGGUUGUAUAUAUCAGGUAAAAUUCUUUCCAAAGAGCCAUGUGUCAUAUAAUACUGAACCACUUUGAUAUUGAGAUAUUAAUUUGUACUCAUUACUAUUUACUAGUAUAAUGUAAUACUGUAGUAACACUGCUCUAAUCCUUUUCAGAAUCAUUGCAUCUCUUUUUAUACAAUGUUUGUAUUUCCAUAAGGUUAGGUGUGCUACUAUCCCUUCUUAGCCCCAAGGUGAAGCUGUUUUUGUGCUUUUCUUUAUCAUUGGCCCUUCAUUCCAAGCACUUUAUGCUGUCUGUAAUGGAUCUAUUUUUGCACUGGAAUAUCUGAGAAUUGCAAAACUAGACAAAAGUUUCACAACAGAUUUCUAAGUUAAAUCAUUUUCAUUAAAAUAAAAAAAGAAAAAAAUUUGUAUUGUCAAUAACUUUAUACGAAGUAUUAAAAAAGCAUAUUUCUA